AUGCUGCGGAAUACAUACUGCUUCUCCUAUGAGGAACGUGAAAAACCGCCUCCCUACAGUGGCCUUGUGAACCAAGGAAGCACAUGUUAUCUAAAUGCCGUUAUUCAAGUUCUCUAUCAUUUGCCGGCUUUUCGCUACAGCAUUUACUCCAUUGAAGAACCUGAGAAGCACUCUAUCACUUUGGCAUUACGAAAUAUAUUUUCUCAAUUAAACUGUUCAUAUUCUUUUAUUUCUACAAAAGAUUUGACAGACGCAUUCGGUUGGGAGGACAAGGAGGCAUAUAUACAGCAGGAUGUGCAUGAAAUGAUGCAAAAACUUUUCCAAAUCUUAGAACGUGUAUGUAAGAAUACACCUCAAGAAAAUUUUAUUCGUGAUCUUUUCUAUGGUGAAAUAACAUAUAUCACACGUACAGUUGAUGGGGUGGAUCACACUACAUAUCACAAAGAAGGUUUUUACGAUAUCGAGUUGUCUGUAAAGGACAAGAAUUCAAUCUAUGAUUCCCUUGAUCAAUGGAUACAACCUGAACGUAUGGAAAAUGUAUCAUUAGAAAUUGAAAAAGGUAAGCCUAGUAGUGUACAUGUAGUUGAAAGAAAACAAUUUUUUUCACGGCUUCCACCUGUUUUAUUGGUUCACCCCAAUCGUGUUUGUUUCUCUACAGAAACUUGUGAAGUGUUGAUGUUGGAAAACAAGUGGACCUUUUCAAAUUCUUUAAAUCUUGAAUCAUACAUUUUUUCGGAAGGUGGUGAUAAUGUGAAAGAUGUGAAAAAUUUGGGAACUAAAUAUGAAUUACGUUCUGUUAUUAUUCAUCAAGGAGGUGCCCAUAGUGGACAUUAUCUUUCUUAUGUUCACAUUGGAGAAGAAUGGAUUUGUUUUAAUGAUAACUCUGUUUCUAGAGUAAAUGAGAAGAUUGUUAUGCAGGCGGCCUAUGGUGGAAAACGUGGUUACCUAAGCGGCUUUUCAAAUGAGCGAGCAUCACUUCUUAUGUAUGUUAAUAAAAAAAAAUCUGAUGAAAUUUUAAAAGAGAAACCUAUUCCUAAGCAUUUAAAAGAUGUUGCAGAGAAUAUUAAUGAGCUUAAUAAACGCAAAUGGGAUGAAGCAUAUACUAAAAAAGAAUAUUAUUACCUUAAAGAUGGAGAAAGACUCAUUCAUGUAUUAGAUGGUUACGCAAAUAGAGGAUUAAAAUCGUCACUAUUUUCUUCUCUAUGUACUUCAUCUAUACAAGAUCUGUAUAAUACUAUUGCUGCAGAAAUAAAUCAAACUGCUGAUAAAUUUCGUAUUUGGGUUUACCCUGAGAUUCCCAUUAUGAAAAGUGGUUGUGGUAUUCUUAAAGAUAUUACAAGUAUAAAAUUCUUUUUUUUUGUAGAAAGUUUACCGAAACCAAAGGAGGAAAUAGAGGCACUUUCUAAGGACUAUUUCUUUGCACCUGUUCGCCUUGUUUACGAAGACACUUUACGUUUUUAUGGUAUUGUCCACAGUAGAGAAGAACUAAAAGAACUUAUGAUGGAAAAUAAGGAAAAAAUGAAGUGUUUUAUGUGUACUUUUCCUCCUACUGUAUAUGAGGUAUCUGUUGAUGAGGUUUUGAUAGGUAGUAAUCUUAUUCUAUGUCCUGAAUCCGUGUCGAAUAAAAGUUUGCUGUAUAUUUUACAACGUCUUUUAUACAAUGAAGUUCAUUUGUUUUUGCUUGAAAAUAAAAAUGCAAACAGUUGGAAACCUUUUGGUAGUUUUCAACUUGAUAAUAAUACUUCGUAUGAGGAUCUUCAAAAAGAAGCCUUUCGACUUCUAUCUCUUGCUGGUUUACAUCUUCCACCUUCACCGGAGUAUAUUGGAUUUCACUCUCAAAUUUCUUCUGAUAGUGCAGUACCUUCUCUUUCUAUUGCUCCACCUAUUUCUGAUAAUGGUUGUACAAGUACACUUGGCUCCAUAUUGGCUCACCAAAAUGAGAUGGGAUGUUUAUAUGUACAGAUACUCCCACUUCCUUUAUCCUUGUUGGAUGUUUUACGUGUAGUAAUAUUUAAUGUUGGAGGUGGAUUUAGACCUUUGGUCUUUAUUGAGAAGAAAAACUACACAUUGGGUGAAUUGUUUCGUAUUACGUUAGAUCAAUAUGGCUCAUAUCUUUCUCCUGAACUUGUGCAACGCAUCACACGAAGCCUUCAAGAAAAUAUUCCAGCACUUCGUCUCCUUUCAUAUGAGGAAAUGUUACAUCUUAAUGUACAAGUAAAUAACGAGGAAAGGAUACCGCUAACUCCUGGUUAUUACAUAAUUGAUGUGUUGGUGGAAGUUAAGGAAGGAUUUUCUCUCAUAGAUGUAUUGUUUUGUUCUCGUAGAAAAAAAGAGGACUAUUUUGGAUUUCCAACCAAUAUUCCCAUAUCUAAUACAUAUGAGGAAACAGGGGAAGAAAUUGCCCGACGAGUGGCAGAUAAAAUUAAGGCUACUGAGGAAGUCGCUGAUAUUACCCUUUGGAUUGUCGCCAUACGAGAACAAAAAGGGUUUUAUCACACUAUUGGGAGUAAAGAUUCAUUGAAGAGUGUAAUAAAGAGAAUUUCUAGUGAAGUAGAAUGUUUUGUUAUUGAUCGACCACGAUCUUUUUCUUUAGAUGGCGUUGAAAACUCACAUCAAAAGUCUGAACAAUCGAUCGUUAUCAGAGAAACUUCUUAA